GAACCGGCCCCGGGGUGAAGGGAGGGGCGGCCGCAGCCCGGCCGAGCUGCGCGGCGGGCACAAAGCCUCCCCGGCCCUCGGCCCGGCCCUGCCCGGCAGUACGAGGAGUUCAAGGCAUAGAGUGGAGUCUUCCCGGGGAAGAUGUCGUCUUUGACAAUGAAAGCCCGUUGUCUGGAUAAAAGAGGAAGUUUCUUUAAGCUCAUUGACACAAUUGCCUCAGAAAUCGGAGAACUGAAACAGGAGAUGGUACAGACAGAUCUCACAGUGGAAGAUGAAUCUGCUGAUUUGCGAAGUCUAGUAAAGGACAUGGAUAAUGUCUCUCCUGAGAAAAAUGAUGUGAAAAGCUGCCCCCGGGACUCUGGAUAUGACAGCCUAUCCAACAAGCUAAGCAUAUUGGACAAGCUCCUCCAUACUCACCCUGUGUGGCUGCAGCUUGGUCUGAAUGAUGCUGAAGCCAUGGAAAUUCUGCAGGCCCAGCCUCCUGGGAUAUUUCUGGUUAGGAAAUCUGCAAGAUUGCAGAAGAAAGUCAUCUCCCUGCGUCUGCCCAGUGACUGCGGGUCCUGCCUAAAGGAAUUUGCAGUAAAAGAAAGCACAUACACGUUUUCCUUGGAGGGGUCUGGAAUAAGUUUUGCUGAUUUAUUCAGGCUCAUUGCUUUCUACUGUAUUAGCAGGGAUGUCCUUCCAUUCACCCUGAAGUUGCCUCAUGCUAUCGCUGCAGCAAAGACAGAAGCUGAGCUUGAAGAGAUUGCUCAGCUUGGACUGAACUUUUGGAGCUCCCCAGCUAACAGCAGCCCCCCGCAUUCUUCACCUCCCCAUAAGCCUGGGCCUUUGCAUAGCUCUUGUAAAGACUCCCGUCAGCUCUGCCUUAUAAAUGGAGUGCAUUCUAUACGAACCAGAACGCCUUCGGAGCUGGAGUGCAGCCAGACCAACGGAGCGCUCUGCUUCAUUAAUCCUCUCUUCUUAAAAGUGCACAGCCAGGAUGUCAGUGGAAGUCUGAAAAGGCAGAGCCCCAGAACUCAAGACGUGAAUGGCACGGCCAGGCCUCGCUCCCCCCCACCCCGGCCGCCACCUCCUUCUAUUAAUAGCACCCUGACGAGUCCGCAGCUUUCCAGGACUAUAAAACAGGCGAGCAUGCCAGAAACGGUCAACCAUAAGAAAGAGAGAGGUUUGGAUUUGCUGCGGAAUAAACCAGCCCCCAUUCCUCCUCCUCGGCUGAAGAAGCAGGCUGUUUGCUCGGAGGUGGAAGGUGGAAGCUCAAAGGCCCCGGCGGUGACUCGGCCCGGCGGUGGCGGCUCCCUGCCUGCGCCUGAAGCCCCCGGCGUUCCAGGUGAAGCAGCCCUGCCCGAGCCGGCUCCGGCAGCCGCCAAAAAGACGGCAGCUCCCAGCAGCUCUGAGUCACACGUCCCGUGGAAUGGAGGCAGGCAGAGGCUGAGCGACAUGAGCAUUUCCACCUCCUCCUCCGACUCGCUGGACUUCGAUCGGAGCAUGCCGCUCUUCGGCUAUGAGGGGGACACCAACAGCAGCCUGGAGGAUUUUGAGGGGGAAAGCGACCAAGAGAGCAUGGCACCCCCCUUGAAACCCAAGAAGAAAAGAAACAGUUCGUUUGUUCUCCCCAAGAUUGUGAAAUCUCAGCUGCGGAAAGUCAGUGGAGUUUUCAGUUCCUUCAUGACCCCCGAAAAGAGGAUGAUUAAGAAAAUUGCGGAGAUGUCCCGGGACAAACGCACUUAUUUUGGAUGCCUAGUCCAGGACUAUAUCAGCUUUCUCCAGGAAAACAAGGAGUGCCAUGUUUCAAGCACUGACAUGCUGCAAACGAUUCGGCAGUUCAUGACCCAAGUCAAGAACUAUUUGUCCCAAAGCUCCGAACUUGAUCCCCCAAUCGAAUCGCUGAUUCCAGAGGACCAAAUAGAUGUUGUCCUGGAGAAGGCCAUGCACAAGUGCAUUCUGAAGCCACUGAAGGGCCACAUUGAAGCGAUGUUGAAAGAGUUUCAUACUGCGGAUGGUUCCUGGAAACAGCUAAAGGAAAACCUGCAGUUGGUACGGCAGAGGAAUCCUCAGGAACUGGGCGUGUUUGUUCCAACACCAGACUUUGUAGACGUUGAAAAGAUUAAAGUCAAGUUCCUGACCAUGCAGAAAAUGUAUUCACCUGAAAAGAAAGUGAUGCUGCUGCUGAGAGUUUGCAAAUUGAUUUAUACCGUUAUGGAGAAUAACUCAGGGAGGCUGUAUGGAGCAGAUGACUUCUUGCCUGUGUUGACCUAUGUACUAGCCCAGUGCGAUAUGCUGGAGCUGGAUACUGAAAUCGAAUACAUGAUGGAAUUGCUGGAUCCAUCUUUGCUGCACGGAGAAGGAGGUUAUUACUUGACAAGCGCUUAUGGAGCACUUUCACUGAUCAAGAACUUCCAAGAAGAACAAGCUGCCCGACUGCUAAGUUCAGAAGCCAGAGAUACUCUCCGGCAAUGGCACAAGAGGAGGACAACUAACAGGACGAUACCUUCAGUCGAUGAUUUUCAGAACUACCUUCGCGUUGCAUUCCAGGAAGUUAACAGUGGAUGUACAGGGAAGACCUUACUAGUAAGACCAUACAUCACUACCGAAGACGUAUGUCAGCUUUGCGCUGAAAAGUUUAAAGUGGACAAUCCAGAAGAAUAUAGCCUGUUUCUCUUUGUGGAUGACACCUGGCAGCAACUGACAGAGGAUACCUACCCCCAGAAAAUUAAGGCAGAGUUGCACAGCCGACCGCAACCCCAGGUCUUCCACUUUGUCUACAAGCGCAUUAACAGCGAUCCGUACGGUGCCAUUUUUCAAAACAACGACGACUCGGCUGCUUAAAACCAGCAACUCGUCGUUUCGUUUCUCUUCCCAGUUAACUUGUUGAGAACAUCGUUGCUGGCUGCCUUCCUUAGGAGCUCAAACAGGUCUUAAACCACAAAUGCCUAGUAAAACACGCGCAGACACUUGUAGCAUCGCUCACAAAAACCCACGUAAAAACAUGCACAUGGCCAGUUACGCGGAAUAUUCCACCAGCGUGUUUGAGUAAACGGCCCCUGGGGCUGAAUCUCUUGUACCACAGACUCUUUUUGAAGCAUUUUUAUACUGUGGUUCUCUGCAGGUCUUUUGCUGUAGUGUGCAAAAAAAAAAAAAAAAAAUAUAUUUUCUUACACUCAUCCUUUAGCCAAAUGUAAUUUUGAUUUAAA